AGCUUGCUGUUGCUGUAGUACAACAAUCCAGUCAUUCUGCUAUUUUUUUUGGAGAAGAUUACUACUGCCAACGCGAAUGGUAAGAAGAUAUUACAACUCUGUCGAUAAUGUUUCACAGCUGAAGAAAAAAAGGAUGGGCAGUGUUCUCAAUAAACAAGCUCCAGAUUUUAAUGCAUGCGAAGGCCAUGUUGGGUUGAAAAAUCAGGGGGCCACAUGUUAUCUGAACACAUUGCUUCAAACAUGGUUCAUGACACCAGAAGUCAGCGAAUGCAUUGCCAGUGUCAACUCAAAUACUGCUUUUGUAUGUGAACUGAAAAAAAUAUUCAAGGAUUUAGAAGGCAGAGAGAAAACUUGUUUGGGAACAGAUAAGUUGACCAGAAUCUUGAAAAUCAAUGUUUAUCAACAGUGUGAUAUUGAAGUAUGUUUCCGCAACAUGAUUACCAAACUGUGUACUGAAAUGGAUGAGGACCAUAACAUUCUGAAGUUUUAUCAGAUCUUUAUGGUUCAAUCCAUGAAGUGUUCAUUGUGCAGAAAUCUUGUCGAGGUUGACUUCCCCCUCCUGGAUUUACCGCUACACCUUCACUCGGCUGACUCUGCAGAUUUGGAUUUUCACACUGCUAACCUGUUCACUCCUGCAUACAUAUUCUUCCAACCAAUAGUACACAGCUAA